AUGUACAUUCCAAACUUACAAAGCAUCCUCGCCGCUGGACUUGCCCUCACCGGAGCAGUCAACGAGAUGAGCGUAGUAUCAUCGGGCUCGAUCAAAGAUUUCGCCGUUGAGAAAUGUAUCGACAAGGACAAGAACCAAAGAUGCUCGAAACCUUUCCCAGUCACCAAAUCAACCUGUUACAACCUCAAGUGGUCGACCGAUGGCGCUCUCUCCCAUACUACCAUCGAAGUGAGAGAUGCAGGAAGCGAUGAGAUUGUAUACUAUAGAGAUACAGAUGGAGAGUGGACUUCUGGAAAGAACGAGCUCGUCUACGUCGAUUUCAAACCUAAGAUCGCAGGUCAAGGUAACAAGACUGUCGAUUAUGAGAUCACCACCUGCGAGUAG